UGGUUUGGGGAGCCCGGGCGUGCUGCUGCGCUGAGGAAAUGUGUGGCGCUGCCUUUUUCGUCCCUUUUUUGUAUUGUGUUCUUCUUUUCUUAUUCUGCAGAGAAGGCAUUUGCCGCUGCUACUAAUGCAGUUGUCCCCAACAAACGAAGGCGGUGCGGGCAAUUUCUUCAGGCGGUGCGCCGGCCACGCUACCUCGCCCCGUGUUUUCCACUGGCGCUGCUCCUGCUGCUGUUGGCGGUGCAGUGUGCCGGUGGGUGUCUUGCCGUCGCAGCUCCCGCCCGAGAGGGACGCGGCAGGUUCGACGAGCUGUUGUGGAAGAGCGGCCGGUCGCCUACUGCGGUGGUGCGUGAGCUGCCGCGCAAGGGGCAGGGCGCGAUGCAGGCGUACACCGUCGCCGCAAAGGAGGAGGGCAACAGCGGAUGGGCGCCCAUCCGCAUUUUUGUCUCCACUGAAGAUCUGAGGGACCCAAAUAAGUACUGCAAUGAAAUUGGUGUGUCCCGUACGGACCUCACGCGCGGGUUGUUACCUUGCCAGGAGCAGCACGUGUUGAAGGCGGAGAGGAAGAAGAAGAACGAAAACUUUCCCCUUUUUUGA